GCUAAGAGACGGAGCUUACACAAGCCAGGCAGAGGUCCUCCAGCCUCUUUUCCUUUCUUGCUUUGCUUCAGCAUCUUCCACAGUCCGGAAGUGACCAUGUCUGACACCGAAGCUGAAACCUUGAGAAGCACCUUCCCGUCUUACAUGGCGGAGGGCGAGAGGCUCUACCUUUGCCGGGAGUACUCUAAGGCCGCUCAGAGCUUCAGCAACGCUCUUCACCUUCAGAGUGGAGAUAAGAACUGCCUGGUUGCCCGCUCCAAGUGCUACCUGAAGAUGGGAGCCUUGGAGGAAUCCCUGAAGGAUGCUGAAGCCUCACUCCAGAGCGACCCAACUUUCUGCAAGGGGAUUUUGCAAAAGGCUGAGACACUGUACACCAUGGGCGACUUUGAGUUUGCCCUGGUGUUCUACCAUCGAGGCUACAAACUGCGGCCUGAUCGAGAAUUCAAAGUUGGAAUUCAGAAAGCCCAGGAAGCCAUCAACAACUCUGUGGGAAGCCCUUCUUCCAUUAAGCUGGAGAACAAAGGAGACCUCUUCUUCUUAAGCAAGCAGGCUGAGAGUAUGAAAGCCCAGCAGAAGCCUCAACCUGUGAAGCAACUCUCAUACAGCACCAAGAAUGAAACCAAGCGAAGAGGCUCCCUCAAGAGCGAGAAGACCAUCCGCCAGCUGCUGGGAGAGCUCUAUGUGGACAAAGAGUAUCUGGAAAAGCUCCUGUUGGAUGAAGACCUCAUCAAAGGCACCAUCAAGAGUGGCCUGACCGUGGAGGCCCUCAUCAUGACUGGCAUCAACUACCUGGACACUCGCAGUAACUUCUGGAGGCAGCAGAAGCCCAUCUACGCCAGGGUUCGAGACCGGAAGCAGAUGCAAGAUAAAUGGCUGCGGGACCGGAAAAGCAGUCCUUCCCAGACAGCCCGCUAUAUCCUCAAGAGCCUGGAAGACAUUGACAUGUUGCUGACCAGUGGCAGUGCUGAAGGGAGUCUUCAAAAAGCUGAAAAAGUUCUGAAGAAGGUUCUGGAAUGGAACAAAGAAGAGGUGUUCAACAAGGACGAACUGGUUGGGAACUUGUACAGCUGCAUAGGGAAUGCCCAGAUAGAGCUGGGGCAGAUGGCGGCAGCCUUGGAGAGCCACAGAAAAGACCUGGAGAUCGCCAAGGAAUAUGACCUUCCCAAUUCAAAAUCCAGAGCCCUUGACAACAUUGGCAGAGUUUUUGCCAGAGUUGGGAAAUUUCAGCAAGCCAUUGACACGUGGGAGGAGAAGAUUCCUCUGGCCAAAACCACCCUGGAGAAGACCUGGCUGUUCCAUGAGAUUGGCCGUUGUUACUUGGAGCUGGACCAGGCAUCGCAGGCCCAGAGUUAUGGUGAGAAGUCUCAGCAGUACGCCGAGGAGGAAGGGGACCUGGAGUGGCAGCUGAAUGCCAGUGUUCUGGUGGCACAGGCACAAGUGAAGGUGAGAGAUUUCGAGUCGGCUGUGAACAACUUUGAGAAGGCCCUAGAGAGAGCCAAGCUGGUUCACAACAACGAGGCGCAGCAGGCCAUCAUCAGCGCUUUGGACGACGCCAAUAAAGGCAUCAUGGAAGAGCUGAAGAAAACUAACUAUAGGGAGAUACUCCGGGAAAAAACAGAGAAACAAGAGGUCCCUGCACUGAUGGAGUUGCCAACAUUGGAGAAGGAAGUAAGGCGAGCUGACUCGGAGGGGGUGAUGAAGCAGUGGGAAAAAGACCCAAGGGAGAGCGAGAAAGACACAGCAGACGAGGAGGAAUCCAAACAGGCUUGGCAGACCAUGGAGAGAGAGAGAGAUAGACAUGGCUGUGGAGGACCUGUGGAAAGCCUGACAGGCGAUAACAAGACACUGAAAGGAAUGAGGAGCGAGUCCGGGGAGAUUUACAGGAGGCCUUCUGAAGAAUUCGACCAGACACACUCAGAAGUAGGCAGAGCAGAGACUGAAAGGUUGGGGAAAACAGAAGAAGGAGGGGAAACCCAAGACUGAGGAUGGGAGAAGAAAUGAAGAUUUCUUAUGUUGGCAUUGAGCUCAGGAAGACCGUGUUCCCAGGAGCCAUGGAAACUCAAGAGUUUUUUAAAAUGAGACUUGUUUGUGAUAGGAGAAAGUGGGAGACUGACUCCCUCAGGUCGCCUCACCUGCCAUUCCUUUUCCAUUAAAUAA